GAGUGCGGUGAAAUACGCUUUCAGAUUUGUGUGUUGAAAUACGCUUUCAUAACACGAGCCAGCGGACCAAUUUGAUAAUCGGCACAUCCUGGUGCUUCUCGUUAUUAUAAGUUCUCUGUCAAUUGCUUUAUUGACUGUAGUAAUUGACCACUCUUAACACCCAAACAACUCUUAAUUUUUAUUAAAUAAAAAUGAGUGCUCAAGUAGAUCCACGUCGUAAAGAAAAGGUAAAUCGCUAUAAGGCUCCACAAAACCAAGGCCAAUCGGGUGCCUCCAGCGAAGACCUAAUGCCGGACUAUAUGAAUAUAUUAGGUAUGAUUUUCUCGAUGUGUGGUUUGAUGAUGAAGCUUAAAUGGUGUGCAUGGUUCGCUCUGUAUUGCUCUUGCAUUAGCUUUGCCAGUUCAAGGGUCAGUGAUGACGCCAAACAGGUGCUCUCGUCGUUCAUGUUAUCUGUGAGUGCAGUGGUCAUGUCAUAUUUACAAAAUCCCGCACCCAUGACACCGCCUUGGGCUCCUACCGCUUAGUUAUUUGGAUCAAAAUUGUCUUCUACUUACGUUUUUCAAAUAUCUUUACAGUAUGGAGAAUAAAUUUUUUUUUGGAUAAAAUAACGAUGUUUUGUUAAACAAAGCUUAAAUACAUAUGGGCAUUACAUAUUUGCAAUCAAGA